GGACCAGGAGAUGCCCACCGCUGAGUUAGAAUUAUGGAGUCUAGACUAACUUUUUAGCUUGUUUCAUCUUAAAAUAACAACAACAAUGAAUAUAUGUGUAAAACUUGAUGUUUGGUCUAGAAGGUUUUCAAAAUGUUUGUUUAUCAAGAACAAAAAAAAUAUAACUAGCACGUUGGAUUGUAAAAAACAAUAAAAUAAUAGAAGACAUCCUCCACUCAUUACAAUAGGCAGCAAAAACAGAGCCAAAUGGUUGCACCAUCACGUUGAACAUCCUCAAGAAAAAACUACAAUCCCCACGCGCAGAAUAGCGCCAACUGAUUGGUGGCAGACCGCUGUAACGUCACGGGCCGUGUUCUAUUAAUGCGCGCGCUGAGGCUGCUCGUGCCUGAGGCUUGUGGUGAAACCUAAGAGUGAGGAGCUGAGCAGCAUCCGCAGCUUGUUUGAGGUUACCUGUCCUGCACUUGUGUCCAAGAUGGCAUCAGCUGAAGAUAUCCAGGUCAAGGAGCUUGACAAGCGGGCGUCUGGCCAGGCCUUUGAGGUCAUCCUGGGUGCUCCAGCCCCAGAUGCUAAAGGAGAGUUCCCCCUGUCUCCUCCCAAGAAGAAGGACGUCUCUCUUGAGGAAAUUCAGAGAAAGCUGGAUGCCGCAGAAGAGAGGCGCAAGAAUCAUGAAGCCGAGGUUCUGAAGCACUUAGCCGAGAAGCGGGAGCAUGAAAAGGAAGUGCUACAGAAAGCUAUGGAAGAGAACAACAACUUCAGCAAGAUGGCAGAGGAGAAGCUCAAUCAGAAGAUGGAGGCCAACAAAGAGAACCGCACAGCCAUUAUGGCAGCCAUGAAUGAGAAGUUCAAGGAGAAGGACAAGAAGUUGGAAGAGGUGAGGAAGAAUAAGGACAAGGAGCCCGGCUCAGAAGGCGGCUCAGAGGACUGAGGGGGAGCCGCCGGGGGAUUGUAUAGGGUUUUUUACGUAUCCAAAGAUUAAUUUAUUUUUUGUUCAGCCAGUAUUGUUUUUUCACGACCCACCUCUUUUGGAAAUACAACUUCUACUUUGUGAAUUUAACGGCUCAACUCCUGCUAUAUCAGUGUAGUUGCGCUCGUUCUACAUGUGGAUAAUUCCUCUGAGUCUGCUGUAGUCAUCAUGUAGCUUGUCCGUGCAGCUUGAGCCCCCUUCCUUUGAUAUUAGCGGUGUGUGUUUUUUAUUUUCUCGGGAAGCAUGUCACUAUGCAUCGGUCUUUUACUACCACCCGUUUCAUAGUGGGUUUGAAACCGUCUGUGAACCACACCUGUUCUUGGCACUUACUGUAUAUUUAAAAAGUAGCACAAGUUUCCAUCGAGGUGUUGGCUGUUGGACAUGCAGCUUUGCUCCCGGAUUCAGCUAACUUUUACCUGCAGGUCAUGAGGGGUUUUUUGCACCACUGCUGAUUCUUGGCUUUUAUAAAAAAGAAAAAUAUGAAAAAAAUGGGGUUGAUUUAAAGCACACGACUUCUUGCUGUAUAGCUGUGAAUUAACAUGCCCAUCAUGCAACUGGAGGUCAUUGUCAACAUCACUGAGCAGAUGUCUACACGUGGAAUGCAUAAGAGCAAUACACUUCUGGCAUUUCAAUAGAAAAGUGGCUAGCUGACUUAAACUGUUGUACUAAAACAAAUAAAGUGUAAAAUUGG